AAACUUUCCUAAAUUACUAGAGAAAAAAAAAUCCAAUUUCUUACAACUAUCAAAGUCUGAAACAAAAGUCCAAAUUUUUUUCUUCAGCUGUUUUAGUCACAUGAUACCCUUUUAAAAAUCUCAUCUCUUUACACAAUACCCAGUUGCUGAUUUCUUGAAUAAAUCAAUAAAUGCUUUGAUUUUACAGAGAAAAGCUUGUAAUUCAGCUGUGGGUGGAAAAUGGAGCUCAUGUUGAUUGGAGUGAGCUGAGUAUGGGUUUGAUUCUCUUGAUUUGUAUGCUUUAAUGUGUUUGCAAAUGGGUGUGUGAUCAGGGAAUUGUCAGUUGAGGUGAUAUGCUUUCAAUGGAAAUGGAGACUUGCAACUGCGUUGACCCGCCGUGGCCGGCGGAGGACUUGUUGAUGAAGUAUCAAUAUAUUUCAGAUUUCUUCAUUGCUCUUGCUUAUUUUUCUAUCCCUCUAGAGCUCAUUUACUUUGUUAAGAAAUCUGCAGUGUUUCCAUAUAGAUGGGUGCUUGUGCAGUUUGGUGCUUUUAUAGUUUUGUGUGGGGCGACGCAUCUUAUUAACUUAUGGACUUUUACAAUGCACUCUCGAACUGUAGCUGUUGUAAUGACCACUGCAAAAGUUUUAACUGCUGCGGUGUCAUGUGCAACUGCACUUAUGCUAGUACACAUCAUUCCUGAUCUAUUGAGUGUUAAAACUAGAGAGCUAUUUUUGAAAAACAAAGCUGCGGAACUGGAUAGAGAGAUGGGUUUGAUACGUACACAGGAAGAAACAGGCCGGCAUGUUAGGAUGCUUACUCAUGAAAUCAGAAGCACGCUUGAUAGACAUACUAUUCUAAAGACCACUCUUGUUGAACUGGGUAGGACAUUGGCAUUAGAAGAGUGUGCCCUGUGGAUGCCUACGCGGACUGGGUUGGAACUUCAACUUUCCUACACUCUUCGUCAGCAGAAUCCUGUGGGAUACACCGUACCUAUCCAACUUCCUGUCAUUAAUCAAGUGUUUAGUAGUAAUCGUGCUGUUAAAAUAUCACCUAAUUGUCCAGUUGCAAGAAUACGGCCUUUUGCUGGAAAAUAUAUUCCUGGAGAGGUGGUUGCUGUUCGCGUCCCACUUCUUCAUCUCUCUAACUUCCAAAUUAAUGACUGGCCUGAGCUUUCUACGAAACGAUAUGCUUUGAUGGUCUUAAUGCUUCCCUCGGACAGUGCAAGGCAGUGGCAUGCUUAUGAGUUGGAGCUUGUUGAAGUAGUUGCUGACCAGGUGGCUGUUGCUCUAUCUCAUGCUGCUAUCUUAGAAGAGUCAAUGAGGGCAAGGGAUCUACUUAUGGAGCAGAAUGUUGCGCUUGAUCUUGCAAGAAGAGAAGCAGAAACAGCUAUCCGUGCUCGUAAUGAUUUCUUGGCUGUUAUGAACCACGAGAUGAGAACUCCCAUGCAUGCAAUUAUUGCACUUUCUUCAUUGUUGCAGGAAACUGAGCUGACACCUGAGCAGCGUCUAAUGGUUGAGACAAUUCUCAAAAGUAGUAAUCUUUUGGCUACUCUAAUAAAUGAUGUGUUAGACCUUUCCAGGCUUGAAGAUGGCAGCCUUCAGCUUGAUGUGGGAACUUUUAAUCUUCAUGCUGUAUUUAAGGAGGUCCUUAACUUGAUCAAGCCUAUUGCAUCUGUUAAAAAAUUGCCUCUUACAUUAAAUUUGGCUCAAGAUUUGCCAGAAUAUGCUAUUGGUGACGAUAAACGCCUUAUGCAAAUUAUCUUAAAUGUUGUCGGUAAUGCUGUGAAGUUUUCAAAAGAAGGCAAUAUUUCAAUCACAGUUUUUGUUGCUAAAUCAGAAUCCUUAAGAGAUCUUCGAUUACCUGAUUUUUUCCCGGUGCCAAGCGAGAAUAACUUCUAUUUGCGUGUACAGGUAAAAGAUGAAGGACUAGGAAUUAAUCCCCAAGAUAUCCCUAAAGUAUUUACUAAAUUUGCACAAAGUCAAUCAAUGGGAACCAGAAAUACCGGCGGCAGUGGACUCGGCCUUGCAAUUUGUAAGAGGUUUGUAAAUCUUAUGGAAGGACACAUUUGGAUUGAAAGUGAAGGUCUCGGCAAGGGAUCCACUGCUAUCUUUAUCGUAAAACUUGGGAUCGAGCGUUCGAAUGAAUCAAAGCUCCCUUUCAUGUCAAAAAUGGCAGCAAAUCAUGGGCCGACAACGUUUUCUGGGCUUAAAGUUCUGCUGAUGGAUGAUAACGGGGUUAGCAGGAUGGUAACCAAGGGACUUCUUGUGCACUUGGGGUGUGAUGUGAUAACUGUGGGCUCGAGCGACGAGUGUUUAAGAGUAGUUUCUCAGGACCAUAAGGUGGUUUUUAUGGAUGUAUGUAUGCCUGAUGGUUUUGAAGUUGCCAUCCGCAUACACGAAAAAUUUACAAAACGUCACGAGAGACCAUUAAUUGUGGCGCUUACAGCAAGCACAAACAAGGUGACUAAAGAAAAUUGCAUGAGAGUCGGUAUGGAUGGUGUAAUACUAAAGCCUGUUUCCGUUGAUAAGAUGAGGGCGGUGUUAUCAGAUCUUCUGGAACAUCGGGUUCUAUUCGAGUCCAUGUAGAACACUAGUGCUAGGGAUAUAAGUGAAACUAAUUGGAGAUCAAAGGUCUUGUAGUUUUUGUGUACAUACCACAGAGUAUGGGAGCAUUACAAUAUGUAUAUGGAGUACAGGCGAGAAUACUCAGAUUGCCGAUAACGUAUCCUUUUCGGGCAAACCGACUAUGAACCACAUGGAACAGAUAGUUCCGGGUUUGUGAGUUCUGAGUAUCAUUUGAAAGUGAAUCUUUGUUCAGUAACGUUGUAAAACAAACGAGCGAUCUUUCGACGAUAGAAUUCAUUGUUCAGCAAGUUGUAUAACUGAAUGUUUCACAUAUCAUAAUCAAAUAAUUAGUCUUGUCUCUUCAAAA